AUGUACAACAAUGUCGGCCACAUCGCGCACGUGUGUCUUAGUAAAGCGAAGAACGUCCGCCACAAAGAGACGCCUCGAUGGGCGCUCGCUGGACUCAUUGCAGUUUGUCUGACGGAGGAGGACUAA